AUUCUGAGCAGAGUAUGUGCGGCGUGUCAACAGAGCCUCCACACUCUUCAAAGUCAUUCACAAACUUGGGGCUCCGAGAGAUGGCGGACAUCGUCAACGCAAGCUGAUGGCCAUCGAAGGUUUCGAUGAAUCGGUCCUUGAGUCUCAUUGUGUGUGUGUGUGCAUGACCCAGUAAUAAGCUGAUGCUACUCUGGCUCCGGAAAGUCUGACGAAAGCUAGCUGGUGUUGCAUGAAUUGAGCAAAAAGUUUCGCCAUUCAAAUUUGCGAAGGAUUCUUCCACAUUUUAAGUCGCUUCCGGAGUGAAACGUGAGUCCACCGACAGGUUUAUACCCGUAGAAAAAUUGGUUUUCGCACUCGGAACCGACGGCAUGUUGCACAGUGUUGUCGAGUUCUUCAUGGGAUAGAUGAUGAAUCUUUUCUCGGAGAUUGUUCAUGAUCUGAUGUUAAGGGAGGGCGACGAAGACGGGAGCUGGAAUGUGAGGUUGUGUGAUUUAAAGGAUUGAGGAUUUCUUGUGGGGGAUUGGGCUGGGAUAUGUGAGUGGCUCACCGGUAGAAAGCAAGCAUGGAGGCUGCGAUGGAUAUAAUGCGUAGGAUGCCACCGUCCCUGUCGCAGCAGGCAUUGGACUCACUGUUGGCGUUGUUACCAGCUCAUUCAUCGGAGCUUCUUUCUCGGUCUGACCAGCCUCUUCAGGUGGCUUCGGAUGAAGAAUUUGAUAAGCAUUAUCUUCUCUGCGAUUACAACCGUGAUGGCGACUCGUAUAGAUCGCCGUGGUCGAGCAAGUAUAAGCCGGAGCUAGAGGAUGGUGUCCAGCCACCCGCUGAGUUGCGGAAAUUGGAGCAGGAAGCCAACGAGGUUUUCAGCAUUUAUCGUGACCAGUACUAUGAGGGAGGUGUAUCUUCAGUUUAUGUAUGGGAGCCUGAAGAUGGAAAAGGUUUUGCAGCUUGUGUUUUGAUCAAGAAAGAUGGGUCUGAUGCUGGAGAUGGUCGACGUGGUCUUUUGCAGGAAGGAUCUUGGGAUGCUAUUCACGUAAUUGAGGUUAAAGAAGAUCAAGAGCGUCAAUUUGGCCAUUAUUGUCUUACGAGCACUGUGAUGCUGGCUCUAACGACUGCGAACCAGGCAACUGGCCCAUUCAGUUUGUCAGGUUCCAUCACUCGGCAGAUGGAAACAGAUCUAGCACUUGAACAUGGACAUCUGUGUAACAUGGGACGGUUGAUUGAGGAGAUGGAGAGCAAGCUGCGCAAUGGAUUGGAUCAGGUUUAUUUCGGGAAGACGAAGGAAGUGGUAUUUACGUUGCGAGAACCGCUGGGGGUCCUAACUGCCACUUCUCACAUCGGACAAAGUUUACAGCGACGGAUUGUGAAUGAUCUUGGGCGCUCUCGUUGACAAACCGAAGAUUAUUAUCACCUGAACCAGACAUUUUAGAAGUGGGUUUAUCAGUUAUUCAUGUGCAUAUCCUAACUGUAAGAAGUGCUCUUUAAUCUUUGGAGUCCUUGUCCACUCUACGCAGGUGAUAGUAGAGAUCUCAAAUAUUGAUGGACAGGAUAUCUAAGCAAGGGACGUAGAACCUGGCCAGUAUCAAAUCCGGUCAGUUUUAAUCUAUGUCGAAGGUGUUAGUACUAAUUUAGUGAAGUAGAAGCUCAUCCUUUUAUAAUGACCAUAAUCUAGCCCUGAGCCUAUCAUCUUGCUUUUGUGUAUAGUCAUGUAGAUUUGAAAUCAAUAUGUCCCUAAAUGUAAUAAGCUAUGCUCGGCAAGACUGAGGCCCAUUCAUUAUGUUAUUUCUGUGUUCCUCUGACUUCAAUGUCAGUAACUCGCUGAUA